AUGCAGUUCUCCAAGCUGGCUGUUUUCAUGGCCGCAGCCUCGUCCGCUGCUGGGAGUCAGUUUUAUGAUCGCAAUCGUUUGAUGGGCGAUGUCAUCGCAGCUCGUCCCGUUGACAUCGGAUCCUCCAGCUCUAGCCAUGAUCAUGGAUAUGGGAGCUCUGUCGCUGCUGAGGAUGCUUCUAGCACCGAAGGCUCUCCCGUGCUGCCAAGUCUGUCUCAAUUUGAAGGCACUGUGAUUUCUGGCGCCACCUCCACUGCCACGGUCACGAUCAUCCCAAUUCCGUCCGGUACUGGGGUCGGAUUCAACCAAUCUUCUGUUGCCGUCCCUGGUAGUGGCUCAGCCUUUAUCGGGACCGGCAUCAUCGGGACAGGUCCAAUCGGGACCGGUAUCAUCGGGACCGGCACGAUCGGAAUGCCCAGCUUCGUGAACGGUUCCUUCACGGGGGUUUCUACUGGCGUCGCUCCCACUGCCUCUGAGCCUGAAACUGAAGCAAUCACUGUCACUGUGACUCCAGUUCCCGCCAUUUCUACUCUGCACACAACCGUUGCAUCCACCGUCCUCAGCUGUCCCGCGUCAGUCCGCUGCCCUGCCGCGUUUACAGUCAUCCAGACCACCACAAUCUUUUCAACGACCACGGUGUGUGUUUUCUCACCUACCGCCGCUGGCCCUGGGAGCUUCUCAAUUCCUUCAGUCUCGUACAGCUCUAUUCUGCCGCCGUCUUCAUUGCUACUCUCGACCGGCGUUGCAUCCGCUUCAAUGUCGAUGCCCACCUGGGCCAACUCUUCUCAAGUCGCUCAGUGUGUGACUGAGGUGCCUUGCAGCGGGGCUUCCGAACUCUCGUCCGAAAUCGAAAGUGACUCCACGCUCCACCUCACUUCCACGGCAAUUGCGACGGAGACCUCGACCUCGACCUCGUCAACUCCAGUCUCCAUGACUGAGGGCUCUCCCAACAUUCAUUCAGGCAGCAGCUCUUCAUCGGCUCCUCGAAGCUCCGCUACCGGGGGUUCUCCCUUGAUUGGCAGCUCCACUAUUCCAGUGUCCACGAAUAGAACGAGUGCUGUGCCUCCGAGCCCCACAAUGUCUGUCUAUACAGGCCCGGGAACCAAGUCUCUCGUCUCUACGGUCGCGGUCGUCAUCGGAGUUGUCGCUGCCCUUGCCUUCUGAUUCUACCAUCGUAGGACCUGAUUCAUUAGCACCAGCAUCAGACAUCAUCUGAUCCGCCUGCAGUCGAAAUAGACUGAUCGCUCCAUGGCUGUUUCCAACUUUCGUUUUCGUUUUUCUUUAUUUCCUUUCCUUCCUGUCUUUAAUGUACUGCGGCUUUUCACAAGCAUCGUCUUGUAUGAAUAUGCUGGUUCGGCUACAGUGAGGUUGCAACGUGGAGGAUGGUGGCACAUGUUGAAGGAGCAUUCACUUUCGAUGGACCAUGACAAACAUGAAGGAGGCCAAUCUCAAAAAGCGCAAUGUGUAAACUAGGGAGUCAUAAAAUCAAUCAUAACAGAGGUUUAACCGUUUCAAUCCUUGUUGCCAAACAGCAUAACAUCAGUUGACAGUAAGC